AAAAAAAAAAGUGGUGGCGAUUGUGGCUAGGCUAGCUAAACAUGUUUCCAGAGGCAACUAUGCUAACACACGGGUUUACCCCAUAUAUGUAGACACAAACAAGUCGUAUCAUGCAUUUUCCAGUGAACAUGACUUGAGAGGCACCCGACGAACCAUUCCACCCCCUUAAUUCUGAAGAUGGAGAACCAUAUUCACUGUAUCUCCUGUGUUAACCGGAGGUGCAUGGCACAGUCUGAACCAGGAGUUUCUUGUGAGAUUAUCACAUGCCCUUUAAUGUGUGGGGCUAUGUUUCAUUCCUGCAAAGGUAAUGAGCACCAACUUUUGUGCCCACUUAUGAAGGUUCCAUGUCUUAAUAGCAACUAUGGCUGCCCAGCUAUUCUGAUCCGUAACAAAAUCCCUGCACACAUGGAUGUUUGUCCGGCUGGGGUUGUCUCCUGCCCAGAGAGAUGGAACUUGCACCCAACAGAAAUCUUGGAUUUGAAACCUGGUAGGAAAUUAGGAAGUAUCUUGGAUGAGAUAAGGAGCCAUAAAGACCUUGCACUUGCUCUGGAGGACCGUCAGGCACUCCUUGAGACCAUAGAGGAGAUGGGGAUGGAAAGCUUAACUUACAAAGAUUCUGUUAUUGAAGAAGCGAUUCUGUUAGCUUUAGGAUUGUCUGCUUCUGAGGCAUCAACUGUGUCUUCCUCACUUCAAUUGCAGUCUGCUCCAAAAGGAUCCACAACAGAGGAAGUUGUUAGUGGAAUCAAAGAUUUAAAAAAAAGAGAUAUAAAGGAGAACUGUUCUAGUCUGAGCUGUUUGAAUGAAAGUGGUGCUCCUGAAAAUAUUGGUGUAUUAAGUAAAAAUUUAACCAAUGGAUCAUUUAUGGAAACAGAAGCCAUUAAUAUUUCAAAAGAACCUGUGACCCUUCAAAUAAUAUCACACACUUAUCCCCCCAUAUGCGGUCAGUCAUUUCGCCGCGACCAAUAUCCUUCCCAUUAUCUAAAUAUCCAUUGUGACUUUCACCCCAACUUUCGUGACCGCAUAGAGUCCCACUGUCCUCUGGCAUUGUAUGGAUGUAGGUUUUCCCAGCAGAGGCUGUGGCCAUCCACCCACAUGGCCAAGGUGAUUUAUCAUAAGCACCUUAAGUCGUUUAUAAUCCUGCCUUCUAUCAAUGCGGAACCUGCAAAGGACUCCCAGUCAGACCGGUUUAGUGGGCUCCCCAUUGAGAUACUGUGGCACAUAGCUAGAUUCCUGGACAGUUUUAGCCUCUGCCAGCUGUCCUUGGUGUCGAGGACUAUGAGGCAAGUGUGUGCCAGUCUCCUCCCUUCAAGGGGGAUAGUAGAGCUGCAGUGGGAGCGAGGACAUUUUCCUGGUCAUCCUCACACUAUGAGAUGGCAGGUCAAAAGUAAAGUGUGGAAAUUCAGCCCUGCCUUCAGUCCUGUGUACUCGUGGCAUUUUGUUGAUGUUCCCAGCAUGUCGGAUCACAUGAAGAAGUGUCCUUUUUUCAACAGAGCUGAGCUGAAGACUGAGCCAGUACCCCUUACCGCAAUGUGCACCGAACAAGACAGACUCUCAAUCCUGCAUUGUUAUCAAACCCUGCGUAGCCUCAUUGCUUGAUCAAGCAAAGCUGAUCUUCAUGAGAUUCACUGUGGAAUUAUGGGAAUGUUGCUAAUAAAAAUGUCCUUUCUUGCACUAAAUCAAAAUGGAACUUUUAUUAUUCAGAAACCCUUGCGCUAAAAUGAUGUACUAGUCAGGUUUGCAAUUUUGAGUCAGAAGAGAGGAGUAGACAUCAUGGAUUUGUGCUACAAAUAUAAGUUUUGCAUGAAUGGCAGCCUGGGGAAGCCCCUCCAACCCCACACUAAUUUCUCAUGGAUUUUUCAUGUAAUGGCCAUGGCCUUGAUAUGUAACUACACUUUUUAAGUGAGGUUUAGGUCUCGUCUAUCAGAUCUGAGUUUCUCUGUAGUCUGCUUUUUCUGGUGUUCUUCAGGGAUCCAUUUUGGGUGCGGUUUUUAUCUACAUCCCACCGUUAUGGCAUCAAUUUCAAAAUAUAUAAAAAUUUUGAUUUAUAAACUAAUAGUACUCAGACUGACGUUCAGCUGAAACUCUUCCAUUCCUUUUCAUGAAGCCCCACAGUUUGACUAAAUGAUUACUUACAGUAUGAAUGGACUUUUGUCAACUCAUACAUUAAAAGAAUGUGGGAUAGCA